AUGAAAUCACUGAUUAAAUCUAUACCAGAUAUUAUUAAUCCCUGUGCAUAAGUUAGAAGAACAUGCCAAAGAGUUAGUACUUUAAUGGAAAACUAAGUAUCUCCAUCAGUUAUCAUCAACUCUUAAAAGUUAGAUGAAUUCAUCCAAAACCUUGAACUUAAGGUCAAGUAAGAUAAUAUUGCUUAUGAGCAAUGGGCUAAAUAUCAUAUGGAUCCUAAUAAUUAUUCCAUAGAGUAAGUUUUAGCUUACAUAUUCGUAGUAGAUGGCAUGAAUUUCUGUUUCUGGCCUAACAAUCCCUCUGGAAAUUUUGAAUAUGAACACAUGACUAAAAACUUGGCAAAAAUCUUAGAUGAGCAGCCAGACUUUUUUAUCCCUAAAUAGCUAACAUUAGUAUAAGCGGACGAACUAAAAUCAAGAGUAUUCAACAAUAUGGAAUUCGCUUUGCUAGAGGAGAGAGCUAGAAUAGUUAGAGAAAUCGGUUAUAUAGUUGAGACUUCAUUUGAUGGUUCCUUCGUCAAAUUUCUUGAGAGGUCAGACUUUGAUGUUCCAACCUUGAUAAAAGAUAUUGUAUAAAACUUCAGUGGGUUUAGAGAUGAGGCUAUUUAUUAAGGCGAAUAAGUAUGUUUUUACAAAAGAGCCUAAAUUUUAGUUGCUGAUAUAAUAGGAGCAUUACAGGAAAAGAAAAAUAUGGAAUAGUUUGUAUUUGAAAAUUAGGAAUAAUUAACUAUGUUUGCUGAUUAUAGAGUUCCCUAGAUACUUAGACAUGUUGGCAUCUUCUAAUACUCAGAAGAAUUAGCAAACAAAAUAGAUAAUGAAAUAGAGUUACCUUACUCAAGCACAGAUGAAGUUGAAAUAAGAGCUUAAACAGUAGUUGCAGUUGAGAUGAUUCUUGGAAAGGUGAAGGAAAACUAAGUUCUUAAUUAGAAGAUAAAGUAUUCAUUUGAAAUUGAUUGGCUCUUAUGGCAAAUGGGAGAAAACAAUCUUGAUAGCAUGAAACCACAUCAUAAGGUUUUGUCGAUAUUCUAUUGA